AUGUAUAGGCAAUUCCUUGUCCGUGACGAAGAUCGAAAAUAUCAGCAAAUUCUUUGGCGCGAUGAAGCUAACCAGGUCCACACAUAUCAACUCAAAACUGUCACUUUCGGUUUGUCGGCUGCUCCAUAUCUCGCGAUCCGGUGUCUAACACAGCUUGCCCAUGACGAAGGUCAUAAAUUUCCUCACGCCGCCAAGGCAGUGGGCAACCAACACGAAGCCCUUCUGAACGACCUACCAAAGCAGUCAAUCAACAAAAAACUUCAUCUCGGUGAAUCUUCAACAUUGAAAACUUUGGGCGUUGUGUGGAAAUCCUCAGAAGAUUCUAUCACUUAUGAGGUUAAAACACAAAUGACCACGCGCAUCACCAAGCGUUUCAUCGCUUCAGAAAUAGCCAAAAUUUACGACCCAUUAGGCCUCCUAGGACCAGUCAUCAUCGAGGCAAAGAUCAUACUACAAAAGAUUUGGUCCACAAAGGUGGAUUGGGACGGAUCCCUACCCAUGGAUAUUCACACCGAAUGGGUCCGGUACUAUAAACAAUUACCCUUAUUAAACAACAUCAUUUUUCAGAGGAAAACCAUCAUUGACACACCGACCAAAAUAGAAUUGCAUGGAUUCUGCGACGCUAGCGAGAAGGCAUACGGAGCCUGCGUUUAUAUUCGUUCAACAGACCCGAACAGGCAUACACAUACCGAACUCCUUUUCGCCAAGUCCAAGGUAGCACCUCUAAAAACACAAUCGAUACCGCGGCUCGAGCUAUGUGGCGCUUUGCUCCUAACAUCUUUAAUUACCACUGCCAAGAAAGCACUACAUGUGGAAAUCCACAAUACCACCUUGUGGACCGAUUCCACCAUCGUCCUCAACUGGUUACAAACUUCUCCACACCUUCUGAAAACAUUUGUCGCGAAUAGAGUGUCUGAAAUUCAGACAAAAACGAAUAAUAAAGACUGGCGGCAUGUCCCGACAUCCGACAAUCCCGCAGAUCUCAUCUCACGCGGUCAAACGCCUGAAGAAUUUCUCCGGCCAUCUAUCUGGCAUCACGGUCCAAAGUGGCUCACGGGUAAAAAACAUCUCUGGCCAACCAACGAAUUUGCCCCAUGCGACAUCAUCGAAGAACCGAAGACAGUAACUUGUCUAAACACAACUCCUGUAGACACGAGCAUUUUUGACAACUAUUCAUCGUGGGAAAAGAUGCAGCGAAUCACUGCGCGUUGCCUUCGCUGGAAGAAAACAAAUACUGAAAAGGGCACUCUGACGGUAUCUGAACUCAGGAAUUACGACGCAUCUCCAAAGAGGAACCUGAAAUCGGGGGAAAACUGCAACGCCUCAGUCCUUUAUUGCGAGACCGGAUAUUGCGAGUCGGAGGACGAUUAA